AGAGGAGGCUGUCGGCGGGCUCCCCUGUUACCGUGGAGACCAGCCUGAGGUUGCCAUGGCGAACAGGACAGAGCUCAGUCCCUCGGACCACGCCCCCUCUCCUGACGAUGAGCUCUCUAAGCCCGCUGGCCGCCGUCCCCGCCGCAGAGCUGCUGUCACCUCCAGUAAUAGGGGCCAGAGAGGGAAGAGGCGGGGCCCUGUGGAGAAGAGGCGGGGCCCUGUGGAGAAGAGGCGGGGUCCCGGCGAGAAGAGGCAUGGUCAGAGGGAGAAGAGGCGGGGCCAGGAGGAGAAGAGGGAGGGCGUGACGGUGAAGAGGACGUGGAGCGAUGGAAAGCGGCGCUGGGACAAGAAGCACUACUGCGCGUUCUGCCGUCGACCGCAGGUGAAGAUCGCUCGCCACCUGCUGAGGAAGCAUGCCGACCAGCAGGAAGUGGCGGCCGCCAGCAUGUUGCCAGCGGGGUCCAAACAACGCCACCUUCUGCUGGAACACCUGCGCUGCCGAGGAAACUACAUGCACAACAUCGAGGUGAUCCGGCAGGGCGUAGGUGAAAUUGUCCCGUGGCGUCAGCCAUCAGAGGAGGUGGAUGCGAGGAACUACCUGCCAUGCCCGCUGUGUCUGGGCUUCUUCCUGCGCGCCGACCUCUGGAAGCAUCAGGCCUCCUGCAGGAAGAAGCUGACCUUUGACCCCUCCAUAGACUCUGCCUCUGCAGCAGAGACGGCCGCUGACCCCGUGAAGGACUUGAUCUCUGACCCCAGGCCCGGCUGCAAUCCAGCGGAGGACAGGACGGACAAGUCUGCAGAGGACACGCCUUCUGACCCCUCAGGAGACAUGGCUGGGUCCAAACGACCCCUGACCUCCGACCCCAGCGUGGAUCAGAGUGUGACCUCUGACCCCAGGCCAGACCUGCCCAGGAAGCGCAGCAGGGUUCAGGCCGCCGCGUCGCGACUCCUCCCCAUUUCUAGCGGAGCAUCCGAGAGCUGUAGCGAAGUCCUGCACCGCAUGAACCAGGACCACGUCUCACACCAGGUCAAAUCUGAUUGGUUGAUCUGUAAAUAUGGGAACAAGCUGAUGGGGAACCAGGACGGCAGCCAGCGGAGGUACGACUAUGUCAGUCAAAAGUUAAGGGAGCUUGGCAGGUUCCUUCUUGCCGCCAAGUCCCUGGACUCUGGUGUUCAGACCCUCCAGGACCUCCUCACCCCUGGCCGCCUCAGCCUGGCACUGGCUGCAGCCAGGAAGGCAUCCGGAUACCGCUGGAGCCGUCCACCGCUGGCGGUGAAGACCGCGCUGAAGACAGUUUGUGAGAUCGCCAUCGGAGAGAGUCUACAGGACGGAGACUGGGAGGCCGCUGCCAAGACCACCGACUUCUACCACCUGCUGGGGAGGGAGUGGGACAACCUGGGACUGCUGAACCCUGACCCUGACACAGACGCUCCAGUGGAAGUAGCGAAGCUGAAGAAACAAUCAGUCCAAUCCAGAGGUGAGAAGUGUAAAGAGCCGGGUCACGAGCAGCCUGACCACAGACCAGAAGUUCCAUCACAGAGUCGUCCAGUGACCUCCAUGAGUCCACCAGAGUCCAGACUGAAGACUCCAAUCACAGUCCCUGUGGCUCCCCGGAAGGUCCGCCGGCGCCCGUGGUCAUCUGCAGAGAAGGAGGCGGUCUGGAGACAGCUGGGAGUCCACGUACUGGUCCAGUCAGUCCCGGGAAAGGAGGUCUGUCAGCGCUGCCUGGACCUGGAACCUGUCCUCAGGGGGCGACACUGGAAAGACAUCAAGAACCAGGUCCACAACCAGAUCCAGAGCCAAAAGAAGCAGCAGUUCCAUGCCCAGAUGGACCUUCAGGAGAAUCAGGAACAACAAGACCAAAUUCAAAACCAGAAGAAGCAGCAGUACCAGGCCCAGAUGGACCAACAGGGCAAAGACCAUAACCAGAGGAAACCACAGUACCAGGAUCAGGUGAAUCAGCAGGACCAGGAUCACAUCCAGAAUAAGAAGAAACAGCAGUACCACGCCCAGUUGGACCACCAGGACCACCUUCAAACCCACAAGAAGCAACUGUGCCAUGCCAGACUAGACCAGCAGGACCACAUUCAGGUCCACAAGAAGCAGCUGUACCAACUGGGCGAGCAGACCGCCCUGGACCGGGACACUUCUAUACUGACAGGUACACCUUAUGGACCUGAGGGGCCUCAUCGAGUCCCUGGACAGUCACCGCUGGAGCGGGACCCCAUCAUCAGUCCUUACUCACUUCCACACAGGACCCUGGGGCCCCACAUGGACCAGCUGCUUUCCAGAUCAGAAUGGACUGAUGAGUCUUUGCCCCAGCACUACUCAUUGAGCCGGCAGCUGGACCGGAACCUGCUGCAGGACGGGCCCCCAGGACAGACACCCAGUCCACACUCUAGAAAUGUACACUUCUGAUGGACCGGCCCUCAGGGGCCCUGAGCACCAAUGACUGGAUUUAACAAGGAAGCAUCAGACCUCCAUCCGUCCUUGGACUUCCUGUACAAAAUAACAAGAACCCACGUCUGAACCAAGUCUAAGGUCUGAACCAGAUCUAAAUUCUGAACCAGGUCUUGAGAAUAAAGAAUUCUAAAGAAAUGA